UCCAUAGUUAGGUAAAGUACGGAGCUAAAGUGCUACAAUAAGGAUACACAGUCUCCUCAGGGCAUAGCAUUUUCGACACUAUCAGGAUAAAAAACCGAGAAAUAAUUAGGAUAGUUGUGCGUGUCGUUGAGCGUGAUUAGUGGUUCAUUUUGCAUAUUUUUUCGGAGAAUACCUGUUGUUCAUUAGCACGUGUUAACUGGCGUGGGAUCCACAUCACCGUCAAUAUGACUUGCCAUUUGAAAUCGUGCAGGAGUGCUUUCAUAGUGUUGAGUAUUUUGGUGGUAGUGUCAAGGACGGUGCUCGGGUUUGGUGUGUUGAAAAGACAAAUUGCUCCGGAGAAUAACGCUGAACAUCUUGCCAUUGCGAAUAAUCCGAUGCAGAUUAAUUAUGAUGAAUAUCCGUUGGUUGUCCCAAAAAGAGCGGCCAUACUCUUAGAUCGUCUGAUGGUUGCAUUACAUCAUGCCCUCGAAGAUGAAAAGAAUGGAAGCCGAAAGAUAGCUGACGUGUACGGCAGAAGGAAUCAAGUAGAGAAAACCAAAACUUUUCAAGGAAUUAGAAAUGAGAAUUACAUCCCCAAUUUCACGAAUGAAUUGACAAGUGAUCAUAUCGACAUUUACUCAGAACUCCCUGAAGAUAUGGAUACCCGCGAUUUGCCGCAGAUGGACAAUCGACAGUUUGAUGGCGCUCGAAGGGGACAGGACGCCGACAGUAACGUUGGAAUUAACAAAGGACGUAUUUACUGGCGAUGCUACUUCAACGCGGUCACAUGUUUUUAAGCAAAUCCUCCAGAACUACUGAGCCAAAAAAAAAAGAAAAUACAAUCAUAGAAUUCAUAUAUCAACUUAAUGAAAAGUUCAAUGCCAUCUUAUGCGAUACGCUUUUCCAUGUUCAUCAUUCCAUGUAAAUAUAAUCUAAAUGAAAAUUCUAAAUAUAUACAUACGCAUGAGUAAUUUCAAAUGUAUACGAAAAUAUACUUAUUGAAACAAUUUUGUAUCAAUGAUAAAGAAAAUUAAAAAUUU